GACAGUUAGAGACGCAAAAAACGCUGUAAAGGACCAAAUUAAACUUGACACAACUUCCUGUGACAGGUUUGUUCAGCAAAUUUUGCCAAGAAGAAUAUAUAUUUUGACCACAUUGCAAUGUCCGUGAUAUACUCAGGGGUCUUAAAUCACCCACUCUCGUAAAAUCUCGAAUUACUAAUUGACGUCACUCGAGAUUUGGUAAAGAAAACAAAAAUGGAUAUGUAAAAUUUUGGCCCCGCCGUAUUAUGAUGAUUUCCCCUUUCCUUCUGGCAGUUUUCUUACUGUCACUACCAGGAAUCUAUUCUGAAGAAUUCUAUCCAGGUUUGGAGGAGGAAGUAUCCCAGCCUUUACAACCAGGUAACCCUCCAAUAAGGGCACGUUGUCCCCCUGUGAAGCAAUGUCACCAGUCAUUCCGUCACCGCUGUAACCGCCCUCCUCAAUGUGGCGCUUGCUUCAAAGGCUACCAAGAGGUGGAGGGACAUUGUGUAAGGCUGCCAGAAGCUGAGCCGAAUAUUCCAAAUUUUGCCAAGCUUCAAGAUAAAAUUAUAAAUGAAAUCGUCUCCAGAAGGCUUCGAGGUAAUCCAAAUGCAGAUAUAAAAGUAGAGACCAAAUCUGAUGUAGAACCAGUCAACAAUGAUGUUGAGGUCGAUGAAGUAGCAGCACAGGUAGAAGAUAACUCAGUACCAGAUACUGAAUCAAAGGGGGAUGAUAAAAAGGCCCCUAAGGGGGAAGACCCUAAGGAGAGUGACACCCCCAAAGGGCCAGCUGCUUCGCCUCAAGAAGAUAACAAGGAAAAUUCACCAAAACAUUCCCAGCAAGUUGCGAAGAAUUCCAAUAGACAUGGUGAUGCAGCGGGGAAUGCUGGUGGGGGCAUGAGCAAUGUCUAUAUGAUAGCAAUCAUAGCAGGGUGCAGUGUAGCAGGUGUAGUAGGACUGGUGGUUGCAGGCAUGUGCUGGUUCAGACUACAGAAGAAUGCUAAAGCAGCCAGUGAGGUAGACUACCCGGCCUAUGGGGUGACAGGACCCAACAAGGAGCGCACAACCUCACCCCAGGGGGACAGGAAGUUGGCUCAGAGUGCCCAGAUGUAUCACUAUCAGCACCAGAAGCAACAAAUGAUUGCUUUAGAAAAGGCUAAUGGUGAGAUGAAGCAUGAUGCUAGUGAUGAGGACAGUGACGAGGAAAAUGAAGAGGGAGACUACACUGUCUAUGAAUGCCCAGGGCUGGCACCAACGGGAGAUAUGGAAGUGAAAAAUCCAUUAUUUAAUGAUGACCCUGCACCAGCGCCACCUUCAGGAGACGAGAGGACUGAAAAAUAAACUUUUCUGGAGUUUUCCAUGGUUCAGACAAAUUCACGUGAAUAAACUACAGCAAUUUGGAAGAUUCAUAGUGGGGAAUGUACUAUAGAUGGCGCAAUAAGCAAUGAGCGACUAUAUGUAAUGCAGUAUAUAUUGUUACAUUUUGUUAUGUUGCCGUAAUUAAAUCGCAACUGAGUCGAUGUAAAUAUAAAAUUUCCUAAAUAUUUAUUUUCAAAUUAUAUAUGAAUUGAUGAUUAUUUUUCAACGAGGAGACAUAAUUACAACAAAAAUGUUAGUUCCUGAGGUAAAUCAAAAUGUUUUCGUUUAUUAUGGUUGUUUAUUUUAAGUUGGAGACAAUGAUGCUUGUUAAGUGGUAUAUGAUAUAGUUGGGUAUAUUAUAUACUAGCAUAUGCACUUUAUUACACUGUGUGGGCUAUUGUAUUGUUGUUUAUAGUCGCACAUACUCGAGAACUUUUCAUGUACACAUGUAGGUGCAGGAAAUCAUUUGUCAAAAAACUUCAUAUUUAAAAAAAAUGUUUAAUUCAAUCAUUUGUCGAUUAGUGAUCAUAUGGACGAUUAGUGACCAUAUGGACUUUUCAACUUGUUUAAAACUAUCUCGAAGACAUUUUACUUUCAAAAUACUCGAAACAUAUUUUCUUCUGGCUCUGUGUUUUCAUUAUAUCGUGUGCUCCACCAUAUUUAAAGUAUAGGUAUUAAUUACCAAAGAUAUAUACAAUCUUACACUUCUAAGCAUUUUACUCAUUUUGGUGAAGUUCGAGUUUUACGAUGUUGUUAGGGUGCAAUAACAGGUCACAAGUAUGUUAGUCUGAAAUACACAAAAUUGCAUUUAUUUAGGAGUUUAGGUAAAUUGCUUAGAUUUGUGACAAGAAAUUAGCAGUAAUUGUAUAGUGUACAUACAUGUUAGUGUAUAUAUAGUGACAAGAAUCAGUUAUACUUAAUAAUUACACUUCACAUUAAUUGUAAUGAUCGUAACCUAUAAUAUUAAUAUAUUCUGAGCUUGCUUGUAGUUUGGGAACUUUUCAAAUUUUACCAAUGGCAUGAGACGUUUGAAUAUGGACAUUUUUGCAUGUCCAAAUAUGGAAAUGCAUGCAUGACCAAAUAUGGAAAUAUGACCAAAUAUGGAAACAAAGUAGGAGUGAAUCAACUGCUUUUAAUGCAAUAGAAACUUAUGAAGCUAUACUUGUUGGUAUCUUUUAGGGUAUGAUAUUCAUUUCUAUAAAAAAAAUGUCCUCAUUCCCUCAUUAAAAAAUAGAAAGGCCAGUGUGUUUGUCAAGUUCCCAAAAUAUUUUCUCUUUAUUUAUUUCUUGAGUCAUAUAUUGAUACUGGUUAUCAAAGACUUUAGACAAAUAUACAUUGUCUGAUAUAAAAA